AUGCCUAGCCCGCUUACGAGCCCCCAAGCAUCCCGUCUCUUAUGGAGGCUCCAGGGCCCGUUGGCCGAGAGCAUCUUCGUCGUAUGGAACUGGGACACCCAAGACCCUCCGCGUGAACCCUUCGCCACCCAGAACCUCACAGGCAACAUUUCAUGGCACGCCAUCUCACAGGAGUCGCUCACGGAACCCAAGAUCAAGACCAUAAGCGGCGAAUGGAUUGAGUGGCACUUGCGACAUGCUAGUCCUGGCGAUGACGACUGCGUCUAUGGAGAGCUGCUGGACGACCUUCAUUACGAGUCAGAGUGCAGCAGCAGCGAAGGAGCCGAAGAGGAUGACAAUGGCGACGAGGUAGAGCUCUUGCGCUGCUGCGACACUGACCAGCCAAAAAGAGCACUGCCCCUCGUCAUCGAGGCAUCCAACACGGAAUCCAUCACAAUUCACGAUUACGUCUCGGCGCUACACCCGUGGCUAAUAGGGCUGCGGCAGGACAUCGCACGAGCUGACAACAUGAUGGGCGACAGGAAAUCGGAGGAGUACGAGCAUCUGGUGGUAUAUAUUACCAACCCACAGGAUUUGAGCAUCAUGGACGAGAGGCGUUUACUCGGUUGCAGGUACACGUGUCCGCCAGUUCAGAUGCCCAUGAGCCAGGAGCACGCGUACUUGCCGAGCAAUGUUUUGACGCUUGACGUUCCUCUUUUCAGGAAUAUCCCGCGUGCAGGGGGUGAUUCUGUAUGA